CCGCGGGCCGUGCCCGCCGCUGGCCCCGCUGCUGGCCCUGGCCCUGCUGGCCCUGGCGGGGCCCGCCCGAGCCCUGCAGAAUGUGACCGCUCAGCUCUUCGGGCCCGAGGCCCGCGGGACCCUGGCGGCCUUCGGCGACUUCAACUCGGACAAGCAGACGGACCUGUUCGUGCUGCGCGGCGGAAAUGAGCUGGUGAUUUUUUUGGCUGACCAGAAGGAGCCCUACUUUAAGCCCCGUGUUAAGCUACCAAUGAAAUCCCUUGGUGUCACCAUAACCAGUGUAGUUCCUGGAGAUUAUGAUGGAGAUUCCCAAAUGGAUGUGCUCCUCACUACCCAGGCCCCAAGUCAUGGCAAAGAUGAACUUUCAGUGUUUAUUUUCUGGGGACACAACCAAACCUUGGAUCUUAACCAUAAAACUGUGUUAAAUAAGACUUUUCAUGAUGAGCCUCUAGUAAUGGACUUCAAUGGAGAUUUGAUUCCUGAUGUGUUUGGUGUCACCAGUGACUCGAGUAAGCCACAGAUCCUGCUGGGAGGGAACUUGUCAUGGCAUCCUGCACUGGAAACUCAAAGUAAAAUGUAUAUACCACACUCCCAUGCCUUUAUAGAUUUAAAUAAUGAUUUCACUGCUGAUUUGUUCCUUACCACAUCACCAAAUUCCAAAACCAUUCAGUUUGAGACAUGGGUAAAUAAGGAUGGAAACUUCUCUAAAGUCGGAAAAAGUAAGGAAAUGCCCAGUGGUGCCAAAGUUGUUGGACAGUCUGUGUUUGCAGAUUUUGAUGGGGAUGGACAAAGUGAACAUUUAUUACCAGUCUGUGAAGAUGAAGCAUGUCAAAGAAGUGCCAUCUACCUAACCAAGCUGGGACUGGACCAGUGGAUUCCAGUUUUGCAAGACUUCAGAAAUAAAGACACAGUCUGGGGCUUUGUACCAUAUCAAAAUGACAAAUCUUCAGCAGAAAUUUCAUUUCCAAUUACACUUCACAUUGGAGAUUACAAUAUGGAUGGCUACCCUGAUGCACUUGCUAUAUUGAAGAACACUUCUGGAAGCAAUCAACAAGCAUUUUUGCUAGAAAAUGUCCCAUGCAACAACGUGAGCUGCAAGAGCGUGCGGCGCAUGUUCAGGGUGUUCUGGGAGCUCUCAGAUCUCAAUCAGAUCAAGGAUGCUGUGGUUGCCACCUUCUUUGACAUCUAUGAGGAUGGAAUCUUGGAUAUCAUUGUGCUAAGCAAAGGCUACUCCAACAAGGACUUUGCUAUCCAUACAUUGAAAAAUAACUUCGAAGCAGAUGCCUAUUUUGUUAAAGUUAUUGUUCUCAGCGGCCUCUGUUCGAAUGACUGCCCUCGGAAAAUAACACCCUUUGGAGUUAAUCAGCCUGGUCCUUACAUCAUGUACACCACUGUAGAUGCAAAUGGGUACCUGAAGAAUGGGUCAGCUGGCCAGCUCAGCCAGUCAGCACAUUACGCUCUGCAGCUGCCCUACAACGUGCUGGGCCUGGGCCGCAGCGCCAACUUCCUCGACCACCUGUACGUGGGCAUCCCUCGGCCCCUGGGAGAAAAGUCCAUAAGAAAACAAGAAUGGACAGCUAUCAUACCAAACUCCCAGCUUAUAGUCAUUCCCUAUCCACAUAAUGUUCCUCGAAGCUGGAGUGCCAAGCUGUAUUUGACCCCAAGUAACAUUGUACUGCUAACAGCUAUAGCCUUAAUUGGUGUCUGUGUUUUCAUCCUGGCAAUAAUUGGCAUAUUACAUUGGCAAGAAAAGAAAGCAGAUGACAGAGAGAAGCGACAGGAGGCUCAUCGGUUCCAUUUUGAUGCUAUGUGACAUGCCUUAAUAUUUAUGAAGGAGCUGCUACUCAUUUGCUUAAUUGAAAGACUAAAUUCUGAUUUUUAAAAUUAUUACCAUGAAAGUACUGUUGGUGUGUUAUUUGUAAAUGUUGCAUUAUCUGGUAUUUAUUUGGAAAGUAUUAAAAUUAGACCUGAAUGUCUCACAAGGCCUUUCAGUUAAGAGACUGUAUAUAAUAGCAUUUGGCCUUUAUUUAACAGAACUGUAAAUUUAUUUUUCUUAGUAAAGGGAUCAAUUGCAUGUACCAGUUUAUGUACCAAUUCUUUAGUAAUAUUUGAUAGAAAGAAAGGUAUGUAAAUGAAGUGUAGCAUUUCAGCGAGCAGAAUACCUUGUAUCACUUGAAUUGGUCUUGUCCUUUGUUCAUUCUGCAAAACAACCUGGUUUUUGAAAAUUAAAGUUGUGCAAUUUCUCAGAUGACUUAAUUGUUAAUUGUCUUGAUUGUAUUAAAUGGUGCUUAACCUAAA